UAUCACGUCCUCUGCCUCUCCCCGCACAGACGGCGGCACCACGCCGGACGACGUCGCUCCGCCUCCCCCUCCCCUUCCCUUCUUCCUCAGCGUAGACCCUCCUCCGGCCUCGCCAACCGGCGGUCCUCCCCCCUCAGUCUCGCCGUCCUUCCCCGUCCCACGACCCCCCUCUUUCACCCGGGCGCGCCCCAGGUGCUCGUCGAAACGCCACCGAGGCGUUCGACCUCCUCCGAGCGUGCUAGGCUCGUCCCCGGCUGCUCCUACGUCGGCAGACGCGGCGGGCCGGGUCCCAUGGCGCAGGCCAAGCGGUACGUGCUGCGCCUCUUCAUCUCGCUCAAGUACGUGACGGCCAACGUGGUGGACCGGCAGAGCGGCCGCGUCGUGGUCACCGCCUCCACCGUCGAGAAGCCCCUCCGGGACGGGCUGGAGUGCGGCCGCGCCUGCAACGCCAAGGCGGCCGCCGCCGUCGGCGAGGUGCUCGCCAUGCGCCUCCGGGUGGACGGCCUGGCCCGCGAGCCCAUCCACGCCGACGCUGCCAAGGAGAUCGAGAAGAAGGGCUUCAAGAACCGCACCAAGGUCUGGGCCAUCCUCAACGCGCUCCGCAGCCACGGCGUCAAUCUCCACGUCGACGACGACGGCGACCAUAGGCGGCAUGUCUGACGACCAUCACUCGGACUUGGCUGCAGUCAGCUCGUUCUUCAGGCUCCUGACCUUCAACGCAUCCCUGGCCCUCUCGAGGUCCCUGAUCUUCUCCUCGAUCAGAUGCAGAUCCUCGUGGUCAGACUGAACUCCUGAUG